AUGGAAGAUUACAAGGUGUUGGGCCGCAGGGAGGAGGAAGUUGCACGCUUGCGGGCCGAGGCGGAGGAGUUGGUGAAGGUUGCUCAUGCGGGUACAGAGCAGCUUGAAAAUGAUAGGGCUGCUUUGGAAAAGCAGAAACAGACCGAGGAGUGGGUUGCGACUGCUGAGCUUAAACAGGAGUUGACGAAUGCCAAGGCAGCGAAUGCUGCUAUGGGCAAGGAGAAGGCCGCGGCCGAAGCGAUUGCUGUUAAGGCCGUGGAGGCAGAGGCCCGGUUGGCAAAGGCGCUUGAAGGGGCCAAAGAGCCGGGGGCCCGUGCUGCAAAGGUUGAGGUGCAGACUCGCGAGGCCCAGCUUGCGGAGAUUACUGCCCGCGUGACUGUAGCUGAAAAGCGGGCUAACGAUGCUGUCGAGAUUGUUAAAGUUAUCAUGGUGAUACGUGGUUGUAAUCCGGUGCUCGUUAUUGUUUAA